AGCUGCAAGGCUUCUAUGACAACCAGACUUAUAGUGAAAAGCUUGCCAUCGAAUUGUACCGAGGCUAGCUUGCGUAAAUUCUUCAAAAAAUAUGGUACACUAAGUGACUGCACCUUGAAAUACACAAAGGAAGGAAAAUUUCGAAAAUUCGCUUUUGUGGGCUUCGAUAGCGAAGAACAUGCCAAGAAAGCAUUACAAGAAACGAAUCUUUCUUAUAUGGGAUCGUCACGGCUUCAUGUAGAAGAAUGUAAACCGUUUGGUGAUGCGAACAAGCCUCGUGCAUGGAGUCAGUACGCCAAAGACAGCAGUGCAUACAAACGGAAACAUGAAGUCAUUUCUCCUUCUCCACAUAAAGUCAACAAAGGAGAAAAUUCCGAUGAAUCUGUCGAAAAGAAGAAAAAGAAAACUGAUCCUGAAUACCGGAACUUCUUAGAAGCUCAGGGAAUUAAAGAUGAUACGCCUCAAAAAGUUACUAUCCCCAAUACAGCUGCUGAGAAUGAAAAAUUACUGAAAGAGCUAAUGGAUGGCAUAAGUGGCGACACUAAACUGUCUUUAAUAUUCACUGGCUUGCCUUCUUCCAUAAAACAGAAAAAUUUGAAAGAGUGGCUGAGUCCAGUACGGGUUAAAGCAAUGAAAAUUGUGAGGAAUGAAACGGCUGCAGCUGCAUUUAUCACUUUUAACCGACCACCAGAUGUACGUAGAGCUUUGCAGAGAGAUCAGGAGUUCAUCGGUGGCUACAAGCUCACAAUAUCGAAAGCAGCAUUGGAGGAGGAAGUCCCUGAGGCGAAUAAUGAAGACGAGGACAAUGCAGUUAGUAGAGAGACAGAGGAGGCCCGAAUUCGUGAGGAACUCUUGGAAACGGGUAGACUCUUCGUUAGGAAUUUGCCGUUCACCACCAAGGAAGAAGAUCUGCACUUUUUGUUCAAAAAAUUCGGAGAGAUUGCCGAAAUUCAGGUUAUAAUCGAUAAGAAAACUGGCAACUGUAAAGGGUUUGCUAUAGUGGAGUUUGUGUUCCCUGAAUCUGCUGUCGCAGCAUAUGCAUCUGCGGAUGGGACCAUUUUCAAGGGUCGCAUGAUGCAUAUUAUUCCCGGAUCGGAAAAACGUGAAAAGAAAGAUCCUGAAAAAUCGGAAUCGUCUGAGAAGACUUCAUAUAAAAAGGAGAAGUUGAAGAAGCUGAAAGCAAACGCUGCCAAGGUUCGAUUUUCAAUAGGGAUGCUCCCACUCUUUAUUAAGUCCCAUUCAUGGAACGCCUUGUUCCUUGGACCUAACGCCAUUGCGGAUACUCUAGCUGAAAAACUUGGAGUAGAAAAGGGAGAUUUAUUGAAUUCAGAAGGUGGAGAAAGCGCUGGAGUGCGUUUGGCCCUGGCAGAAACAAGACUGGUUCGUGAAACAAGGGAGUUUUUCUUGGCAAAUGGUGUUUGUUUGGAUGCAUUUUCUCGACCAGCGGCAAAGAGGAGCAACACCGUAUUCAUAGCGAAAAAUUUACCGGCUGGUGUUGAAGAGGAGGAGCUACAACGAAUGUUUGGAAAAUUUGGGGAAGUUGACAAAGUUCUUAUGCCUCCAGAAGGAGGAAUCAGUGCAAUAGUUGUAAUGAAUAAUGUCGUCGAUGCGAAGAAAGCCUUUCAAGCACUGGCGUAUUCCCGUUUCCGCACACAGCCAUUGUAUCUGGAAUGGGCACCGAUUGAUGUGUUCAGCAAAACUGCGGUGGAAAAUAAGGUACUUCGAGUUUCUUCAAUGAUCCAUUCCAUCCUUUCCCAUCGUCACGUCGACGAAACUGAAGAGAAUGCUACGGAAACUACUGAAGUGGAAUCUGCGAAAAAGAAAAAGAAUAAACGUGAAAUGACAUAUGAAGAGAAGAAAGCAGAAAAGCGGAAACGACGAGGACAAGAUCAAGAAACAGUAGAGAAGAAUGUCGAGGAAAUGCAAUCCACUUCAGACGCCGUGAAAGCUGAAGAGGAGGGCAGUAGUCUUCCAUCUGAACCAUCCAAAGAUGUUGAAGAGCAUACGGAUGAGGAUAUUAUUGAGCCGGGUUCGACCGUCUUUGUCAAAAAUCUUUCAUUUGAUACAACCGAGGAAAGUCUUGACAAACUUUUCAGGAAAAAAUACCGCAUCAAAGGUGUGCAAAUUUCUAAGAAGUUGAAUCCUGCAGAUCCAAGCAAAAGCCUUUCGAUGGGUUUUGGCUUUGUUCAGUUCUAUACCCAAGAAGACGCCAAACAAGCCAUCAAGGAAUUGCAGGGCGAACUCCUCAAUGGACACUGCUUAGAGUUGAAGAUAUCACAUCGUGAAUUAACCAGCAACGAUGCAUUGAAGCGAAAAGCUGUGUCGGCAACGGAGCAAGGCACCUGCACGAAGCUGUUGGUUCGAAAUAUACCUUUCCAAGCCAGCAUCAAGGAAAUCGAAAGCCUUUUCGCUUCAUUCGGAGAGAUCAAGAGUAUUCGGAUACCGAGAAAGCUCGGUAGUGGAGAUCAGCAUCGUGGUUUUGGAUUCAUUGACUUUAUAUCAAUCGGAGAAGCCAAACGCGCAUUUGAAGCACUUGUCCAUUCAACUCAUGUCUAUGGAAGAAGAUUAGUGUUGGAGUGGGCGAAAAGCGAUGACACAGUGGAAGAGUUGCGUGAGAAGACUGCUGAGAAAUUCAGGUAUUACUGGAGCAUGGCUGCGACCCAGUAA